AUGCCGAAAACGCUGAAAGGUCUUGUUAGUCGCCAUAAGAAGCGUUUUCAGCAGGAUGGGUUCGAUUUAGAUUUGAGUUAUAUUUCUGAAAGAAUUAUCGCAAUGGGAUUUCCUGCUGUUAAACUGGAGGGUGUUUAUCGUAAUCAUAUUGAUGAUGUUGUUCGCUUUCUACAAACACGACACGCUAAUCAUUACAAGAUUUAUCACCUAUGUGAUGAACGAGAUUUUAACGUCUGUCGAUUUAACGGUCCCGUUGCAAAAUAUCCAUUCUCUGACCAUAACGCUCCACAGUUUGAACAAAUCGUGGCUCUGUGUGAAGAUGUAAAUGAAUUCCUUAGUCAAGAUCCUAAGAAUGUAGUUGCGAUUAACUGUAAGGCUGGAAAGGGUAGGACAGGUGUGAUGGUCUGUGCAUGUCUUCUUCGACUACAUGAUGUUAUGAAUGCCGAGGAUUCACUAAAAUUUUAUGGUGAACAAAGAACUGACAAUGGUAAAGGUGUAACAAUACCAAGUCAACGACGUUAUGUACACUAUUAUGAUAUAUUCUUAAGAAAUAAUCUAGUGUAUCAUAGAAUCCCCCUUUUUUUAACAUCAGUACGUAUUUGUGGACUAUAUUACUUACCAGGUCUGUUAUUAGAUCUACAGUUUUAUAUGUUUGAUUCAUCGCAUGUAUUUGAACAAAAUUGUGCAACAUUAUCUUCAGAACCCAUACAUCAAAAUGAAGUUCUCAUAAAACCAAAGCAAGAUAUUCUAUUAUCUGGAGAUGUUCGAGUUAAAUUUUAUGCUAGACAUCAUAUGUUAAAUAAGAAAAUAUGUCAACUAUGGUUCAACACGUACUUUGUGGUACACGGAGAAGGAUCAUCUAAUUGCGUAUCCAGUUCCAAGGAUGGUUCAUAUAACUACCAAUGUACAUGUGUCUUUCCACCGUCAUCAACAAAAGCAUCGUCAUCUCGUGAACUAUUACUUGGUCAUUCAUUUCUAAAAUUACCACUAUCUGAAUUAGAUAAGGCUUAUAAAGGGAAAUCGAAGUUCUUGACAUCAGAAUGUAAUAUUACUUUGUACUUUACAUGUCCUUAUUGCAAUGAAAAAAAGAACAAUCAUUUGAAUUUGAAUCAUUCUAAUCAAUCACAUGUUAAAACAAUAGAUUUACCAACAGAUGAUCAAAAAGCUAUUUCACCAGCUAAACGUACACUUGUCAAUUGGGCUACAUCUUUAUCUCAUCCCUAUUUACUGACUCCAUCGUUCAUGAACUCUAAAGACUUGAAAAAAGUAAGUGAUUCACAUUGUGAAAAGAAUUCAAGUUCAAUACCUAAAGCAAAUGUAACUAAUAUCUCUGAAUAUCAAAACAUUCAGACACAUAAUAAGUUAAAUAAUUUGUCCUCACAAAGAUCUCUACCAUCAUCCCCAGUUGUCAACGAUCAUGAUCGAGAUGUCAGUUCAGAUGAGGAUGAAUACGAUGAUGACGAUUACGAUAGUGAAGAACAUAAUAGUGAUUGUGAUAUUCACAUAGAACAUAAAAAUGCUUUUCCAGUUAUUACCACUGCUUCCCUAUCGCGAAAUGCUAGCAGUUCACCAUCUUUAAUGGCACACAAAAGAGAUUUUUCGUUAAGACAUAAAACAGAAAAAUUAAAUACAUCAAUUAAAUCAAAUCACUCCAAUGCUGAUGACAUGAGAAUACUCAAUAAAGUGGAAACAACCAAACCAAAAAUUCCUGUUGUCCAUUACUUUGUAAAACAUCCACACUUAAGACGUCAAUCAUCAGAGACUACAUUGAAUCAUUCAGUCAGUUGA